AUGGGCUUCUCCGAGAGUUUUAAAGUUGCGAUCUUGCUGGUUUUUUCGCUGCUGAUUUUGGCGGAAUUUGUAGCGGGGAGAUUUGUGGUGGAGAAGAACAGUUUGAGGGUGACGUCACCGGAGAGCUUGAAGGGUACCCACGACAGUGCGAUUGGGAACUUUGGGGUCCCACAAUAUGGGGGAAGCAUGGCCGGGACUGUAGUUUACCCAAAGGACAACAGUAAAGGAUGCCAAAAAUUUGAUGAUUUUGGGGUUUCUUUUAAGGCUAAGCCUGGGGCUAUGCCGAACUUUGUUCUUGUUGAUCGUGGAGAUUGUUUUUUCGCGCUCAAAGUGUGGAAUGCCCAGAAUGCAGGGGCUGCGGCUGUCCUGGUGGCGGACAACAUGGAUGAGCCCCUAAUCACAAUGGACUCCCCAGAGGAAGGCAGCUCGUCCGCCACCUAUAUCACCAACAUAACAAUCCCAUCCGCACUAAUCGACAAGACCUUUGGCACCCAAUUGAAAACGGCCGUCAACGGUGGGGACCUGGUGAGUGUAAGUCUCGACUGGCGUGAGGCCGUGCCCCACCCAGACGAUCGCGUUGAGUACGAGCUCUGGACCAACAGCAAUGACGAGUGUGGGCUCAAGUGCAACAUGCUAAUGGAGUUCGUGAAGGAGUUCAAAGGCCCAGCCCAGAUUCUUGAGAAGGGAGGGUACACACAGUUUACGCCGCAUUAUAUUACCUGGUUUUGUCCUCAGGCUUUUACGGUGAGCAGGCAAUGCAAGUCUCAGUGUAUAAACCAUGGGAGGUACUGUGCGCCGGACCCUGAGCAGGACUUCAGCUCGGGCUAUGAUGGGAAGGAUGUGGUGAUGGAGAAUCUGAGGCAGCUGUGUGUGUUUAGGGCAGCAAACGAUACGGGGAGGCCGUGGGUGUGGUGGGAUUACGUGACCGAUUUCCAGAUCAGGUGCCCCAUGAAGGAGAAGAAGUACAACAAGGAGUGUGCAGAGAGUGUCAUCAAAUCUUUAGAUCUUGAUCUAAAAAAAAUCGAAAACUGCAUGGGUGAUCCUGAAGCUGAUUCAGAGAACCCUGUGCUGAAAGAAGAACAGGAUGCUCAAGUUGGUAAAGGAUCGCGUGGUGAUGUAACCAUAUUGCCUACCCUGGUUGUCAAUAAUCGACAGUAUCGAGGGAAAUUGGAUAAAGGUGCAGUUUUAAAAGCCUUAUGUGCUGGUUUUGAGGAAACUACGGAACCAUCUGUUUGUUUAAGUGAUGACGUGGAGACAAAUGAGUGCUUGGAUAAUAAUGGUGGCUGCUGGCAUGACAAGGUUGCAAAUAUUACAGCAUGCAAGGACACAUUUAGAGGAAGAGUGUGUGAGUGCCCUGUAGUCAAUGGUGUGCAGUUUAAGGGAGAUGGAUAUACUUCCUGUGUUGCAAGUGGACCCGGGAGAUGCCAAAUCAGUAACGGAGGCUGUUGGCACGAGAACAAAAAUGGAGUCACUUACACCGCCUGUGUGGAUGAUGAAGUGGGAAAAUGCAAAUGUCCUCCUGGAUUUAAAGGAGAUGGCGUCAAAAGUUGUGAGGAUAUCGAUGAAUGUAGUGAGAAGAGAGCCUGCCAAUGCCCCGAGUGCAGCUGCAAGAAUACAUGGGGCAGUUAUGAAUGCACGUGUAGUGGAGACCUUUUGUACAUUAAAGAUCAUGACACCUGCAUCAGUAAGAGGGCUAGCGAGGUCAAGUCCGCAUGGACAGCCGUUUGGGUCAUAUUUAUUGGACUAGCCGUGGCUGCAGGUGGGGCGUAUCUUGUGUACAGAUAUCGGCUGAGGUCGUACAUGGAUUCAGAGAUACGAGCCAUAAUGGCGCAAUACAUGCCUCUGGACAGCCAAAAUGAAGUUCCAAAUCAUACAAAUGAUGAACGUGCCUGA